GCGACAGUUGCUAGGAAACAGGAAAACAAGCGUGAUAAUUGUUGGGGUGAUUGCCGUGCCACAGAGGACAACAGUUUGGGAACUGAGUUGACGACACCGACCAUUUUUGGGGGCAUUUAGAUGUUAACUUUUUAAUGCCGUCACAGCUGAAGAGUUCACAUAGUUGAAACAUUUCAACGUGACCUUGCGGAAGGAUGCCCAAAAAGAACAUUCCAAGAAGCAAGGCAUUCACCUCCAAAAUGGCGCUGAACUGCAUCCAGCUGACACCGGAUGGCAGACAGCGCCUCAAUCUCAGUUUCAAGGCAUUGGACGCCGUUCCAGCAUGCAUCCAGAGUCUGUGCCGAGUGGAUGAACUGAUCCUGAGCAGAAACCUCAUCGUCAGCCUCCCAGAUUUUAUGCUUGAUUUCGUCAACAUCCAAGUUUUGGACCUGCACAGCAACUACUUGGAGCAGAUCCCACCGACCCUCGGCCUCCUCAAGAACCUGAUCGUUUUGAAUUUGUGCAACAACCGUCUCACGCAAGUCCCCAAGGAGCUCGGCCUUCUGCAGAACCUCCAGGUGCUCUACUUGGGCCUCAACCGGCUUCACAUGCUUCCCACGGCCAUCGGGAACUUGAAGGAGCUCCUUUAUAUCGGCCUCUCUGACAACAAAUUUUCUUCUGUGCCCAAGUGCCUCGCGCACCUCCAAAAGCUACAAAAAGCCAACCUGGACAGAAAUCCUUUUCCCCCGCCACCCGGCGAGGAGAAAGUUGAAAUCCCAAGGAAGUUCCACCUGGCGCAUGCAUGCGACCUAUGCGAAAACUGCCUUGAUAACUGCAGAACGGAAAGAAGGAAGCUAGUGGAAGCAACACAAAUUAAGGAACAAAUUCAGAGCACAUGGCAUGAGAUGAAAUAGUUAAAAUACAUAUUUAAUAUUAUUGCAA